UUUUCUCCUGGUCAUCUUCUUCUUCGGCGUCGGCGUUUUCAAAGGUCGGAUUUGUGGGAUGGUCCAAUUGUAUUUAGGGAUGGUGAAGUCACGUUCCCAUUUUGACCAAGAGCACAACUAGCUGGAUUGUUAUUCUCUCAGCCUCAGGAUACAUGCUGAUAAGAACCAGAAAUUGAGAAAGAAAGCAGAGAAACGGAAUAGAGAAGGGUUUGUAUAUCCUGUGGGCAGAGGAUAAGAAGUUAUUAUUAGGGCACGCGGGAUAGAUAAAUCCAAUAGAGAAGGGUGUAUGAGAAGGAAGAAACAGAAUACAGAGAGAAAAGAGAGAAAAGAGUUAACAAACAUCAUGGAUCUCACCAAGUUGGCUGGAGAAAUUGGCCCUGUAUCACACGCCCCUCCAUCAAAUCCUGUUGACAUCAUUGGAGCUUCCUGCAACUAUUAUGUUGCAGGUGAAGAAGCCAAGAAUAUGAAUAGAAGUUAAAAAACCCAGUUCACAUGGCAUACUUCUAUCGCAUGGUGGCAUUUUCAGCACUGUACAGCCAGUUGCAACUCACUGCCAAGAAAAGCUGGAAAUGAGGUGAUAUUGUCCUGUUGGCUGGUGCACCACACCCUAUUAGACAACUAAUUUUAUGAACAAUUAGUUUUCUCCUUGUCUCGUUGUAAGAAGAGGUAGUACCUGAAUUAAAUCAUAUUCAGGUAGAAAUUAAUGUCUAACUACAAUAUUUUGCAGCGUAGUUGGGACUGCACAUGGCUCCCAAUUAAUCAUGAAGAUAGAAAAGAGAGAACUGUUAAUAAAAAUAUGGAUCUUAAUGAGUGCAGAGCUAAAUGCUCAGAGAAUUGUUCUUUUAUGGCCUAUGCAACCUUGGAUAUUAAAGAACCUAGUGGCUG